UUACGCCGCCUCUCUCCGACGUGGGCCCAGAGCGCUAACAGUCGUGGCUAAUCAAAGGCACUUGCAUGGAGAGACCGCGCUGGCCUCAGAGGAGCUCGACCCGGUGCUGGCCGUCCGUUUCGCCUGUGCGCUCUCCCUCCCUCCCUUCUGUUCGGAGAAGCUGAGACUCCUGCAAGGCAUUCCACCUCUGGGCUAACACUGGGAACUAAACAUGCACGCGGAAGCUUUGGCCAACUCCGUCCUGGUCUCCUUGCUCCUGAUUCUGCUCUCGGCUGCGGAAGAAAGUUUGUCGCAAUCGUUGAGGACGGGUAGCGGGGCCUGCCAGCUCUCCGGGGAGCUUUCGCAGCGCCGCUGCCGGACCCCGGACGGGCUCGUCUGCAGCGGGACGGGGGAAUGCGACUGCGGGGUCUGCCUCUGCCCCGUCACCGAGCCGGGGAAGUACUACGGCCCGCGGUGCGAAUGCCACGACUGGGUCUGCCCCACGCACGGAGAGAAGACCUGCGGCGGUCACGGCACCUGCGACUGCGGGAAGUGCACCUGUGAGGACACCUGGUUUGGGGACGCCUGCCAGUACCAGAAAGAGUGCACCCUCUCCAAGAGGAAGAGCAAAGAGCUCUGCCGAAAUCCUCAAGGUGUGAUCUGCUCGAACGCAGGUUCCUGUCACUGCGGCAGCUGCAUGUGCCGUGACCCCGACGGCAGAGGCCUCAUCAGCGGGCAGUUCUGCGGUGCAGCGGACAGCGAGUGAUAGGGGGCGGAGGGAGGUACCUGAGGGGGCAACGGAAAGUGUUACUGUGGAAACUGUUACUGCGAGGCCGGUUGGCAUGGCGACAAAUGCGAAUUCCAGUGUGACAUCAGCCCAUGGGAGAGCAAGAAACGGUGCACAUCUCCGGAUGGCAAAAUCUGCAGCAACCGAGGGACCUGCAUCUGCGGGGAGUGCACGUGCCACGACGUGGACCCCUCGGGCGACUGGGGCGACAUUCACGGGGAGACCUGCGAGUGCGACGAGAGGAGCUGUCACUCAACCUACGACCGUUACUCGGACGACUUCUGCUCCGGUCACGGACAGUGCAACUGUGGGAGGUGCGACUGCAGGGAGGGGUGGACAGGCAAGAGGUGCGAGCAUCCGCUGUCCUGCUCCACGUCCCUGGAGGCCAGCGUGAAGCGCUGCCGCGGAACAUCCAGCAUGCCCUGCUUCGGGAGAGGACUGUGUGAGUGUGGUCAGUGUACCUGCCACCCUCCCGGGGACAAACGGGUCCAUGGGAAGAACUGCGAGUGCGACGACAGACAGUGUGAGGACCUGGAGGGACAGAUCUGCGGGGACCACGGGUUCUGCUCGUGCGGCCGCUGCAUCUGUAACGACGGCUGGUUCGGGAGGCUGUGCCAGUUCCCGCGCUCCUGCGACAUGAGCGACGCCCAGAGCAAGAGCCUGUGUGAGACCGAUGACGGCACGGUGUGCUCGGGGAAAGGGUCCUGCCACUGCGGGAAGUGCAUCUGCUCUCCCCAGGAGUGGUACGUUUCCGGAGAGUUCUGCGAAUGCGAUGACAGGGAGUGUGACAAGCACGACGGCCUCAUCUGCACAGGAAAUGGCGUGUGCAACUGCGGCAGCUGUGACUGCUGGGAAGGGUGGAGCGGGAACGCCUGUGAAAUCUGGGUCGGGGCGGAGUACUGAACACCCCCCACCCCCCCACCCCCCCUCCCCACCGGAUGCCUUUAAGACUCCUUAAAAACGAAAAGACUGACCUGUGCUUCGAGACGCUGGACGACACGGAGAAGAAGAGUGACAGAAAGCAGAGGAUGAGGAGGAGGAAGAGGAAGAGGAAGGAACAAGCACUCCCGAAUCUGGAUAUAAUUCUUCAUUCAGAUUUCCGCAUAGCACUUGCAUAACAGCAUUUAUUUUACUGGUUACAAAUUAUCUUUAUUAAAACUAUAUUUGUUGUAUGCAAGUAAAACAGUGGUGAAAGCAAAAGAAGAUCUUUUUUUUUCCUUUGUAGACACAGUACCUUGUAACUCUAUAUGUUUCCAAUACAGCUAUAUGUAUGAAAAAUUGUUUAUAUAGGAAUGCUUACAUAUUCUUGAAAAAGCUACACAUUAGUAAGAUGCAGGUACACAGACAAACUCCAAACAAUGAACAAAAACAAAAAAAAACUAAAUGUUUUAUUGUUAGGAUUAUUUUUUUGAAGUGGUGUAACUGAAUGGAAACACAUUGAAUCUUCAUUUGAAUAUUUGGCCAGCUGUAAUUAUUAUCCAAAGUGCUUCAUGAAAACUGACCAAACGUUAUACUUGGCAGUCAGGUCAGGUGCACAGUAAUUCAUUAGCAUUUUCAAUUUCUUUUUACUGAUAAUAAACCAACUGUGCUGUGGAACACGACCUUUGCAUGGAAAUGGUGCAAAUAAUAAUAAUAAUAAUAAUAAUAAUAAUAAUAAUAAUAAUAAUAAUGUUAUCUUAUAGUGUAAUCAAUUAUAAAAUGCCAAAUGAAUAAUAACUCCUAAGGGCAUAUUUGUAAAGGUGCACACCUUUCAACAAGAAUAAGACUUUUAAUAAUCGUUCAGUCACUGCAAGCAUUUUCCCCAACAGUGAAAACUAGUACAGAGUCCUUUAGGAACAUUAAAUACAUACAGUAUAUGGAGCAUCUCACCAAACGGGCACCGUUUCUGCUUAGUUCGGUGUUGAACUAAUUAUAUUCUUCUGAUGUUCAUGGAGUGGUGGGGGGGGAAAGACACUUAUGAUUUGAUAAUUCUGUGCUGGGGGCGAUUAUUAAUGCUGCUACACGGACGAAGACAGAGGUUUCUGGAGGUGUGGGCUGCACUGUCGCAAGGGCCACAAGAUAAAUCAAUUUGUCCCUCAGGAGGACCCGUAGCUGAGUAUGAACGAACUCAAACAAGAUGGCCGAACGUUUCCGCUUUCGCCUUCCCUGCUUUUUUACUCCCGCUGAAGCCGCUCUGCUAAUCCCAGCCCCUCUAAAGGCCGGUGCAGUAAUAUACUGCACGCUGUAUUGCAUCAAGUCCGUUACUGACAUUACAGUACAACUUUGUAUAAAUAUUUUAUUCAAUAUGUUGUAUCUGUGUAUACAACGGAUAAACACAAACUGUACAGUGCAGACAAACUCUUUGCAUAUAUGUAUGUAAAGUUAGCAGUACAUACCAACAGUUCUUGAUACACAUAUCCCUACUACAUGCAGUUCUUUGAUGCCAUCCUCUUCCCAUGCAACGGAUGAGAGAAAUUAAGCGGGAACAGAAGCACGGGGUUGACAGGUAAUGCUCUUCCGCCAUGAUGUUCCAACGUAUCGGGGAAAGAAACCAAAGAAAGAAACUGCUCGAAGACAAAACAUUCAUCAGAGUAAACACCAAGCACAGAUGACCCGUAUAAAAAAAAAAACACAAACGAAACAACAGAGGAGAAUAAAAACGAUUGAUGACAGAGAGCGAGAGAGAGAGAAAGAAAGAAAGAGAGAGAACAGAGGUGUUUACUUCCACACCAGUCAUAUACAAAAAUAAAUUCAGCCUUCAUUAACCAGUCAACUGGUUUGCAGGGCAAGUUGAGCCCAGCAUGUAGAGUUCACUGUUUAAAACGAUGAAUUUGUUUCAUGAGAAUGCGGGACACCAGCCCUAGUAGAACUUAGAUGUUUAAGGUUUUUCUGUGUAUUGCUGCAUUGUAUAGGAGCAUGUAUGUAGCUUUGUACAGACAAAUAUUUAACUAGCUAAUGUGCUUCAACGUCUCCUAGGAAGAAGUAACAUAAGUUCCAGAAAUGAUAAAUGCUCAAAUUAAUUUCUUAAAAUAUUUGCAAUUUAACAGCUUCGGUCUAUUUUAUAACAUACUUUUUUUAUAUCUGUUAUUUUAUACAACCACUAUGAAAAUUGUAAAAACAAGACCAUUUGAUUAUUAACUAUCACAGAGUAAUAGGACAGAGAUCAUCCUUGAAAAAUGUAAGGAAAAAAAAAACCACAUUCAGAUAUUUCUGAAGAAAGUAAUUAAUGAAAUUAAUUAAAAUAAUUUGCGUCAGGUCGAGCUGACCGUCUACAGUAACAUGCCAAAUGAAUUCAGAAUAGAAAAUCAGCCUAAUACAGUGGCCACAGAAUGUUAUUCUUCUAUAACUUCCUCAUACUUUGAUAUUUUGAUCAUUUAAGUAACAUCAUGCAUGUGAAUGGUUAUAGAAUUCUACUGGACACACACCUAUGCUUUGGUUUCAAAAGACUUGGAGAUGGGAGGCCAAAAUAUCAAAUUCUCUGUUUUUAAGAGACGUUAAAACCGCAGUGAAAUGGACUUGAAAUAUUUACUAUUGGCAAUGUCAAUUGUUUUUUUUGUUUUUUUGUUUGGUUAAAAGUUGAGUUGAGGACAGAAAUAAAAAGUUCAAGAUUAUUUAAA